AUGUCAGUGUAUUCUCUCUAUGUCAUAUCGAAAUCUGGCUCUUUACUAUAUCAGAAGGAUUUUCGAGUGCCCAAUUCACCUGUUGCUAAGCAGAAUUCCAAUGAUUAUCUUGUGAUAGCCAGCACUCUACACGGAGUCCAUGCCAUUGCCUCUAAAUUGACACCAAAGGAGGCCAUGAAUAACUACGAAAAGUCUCGGCUACCGACGAACUCAAAUAAAUACGGAUUACAUUGCAUCACUACAGAGUUGUUUAAUGUAUGCGUGUUUCAGAGUGCCACGGGAUUGAAGAUCAUCUUAAUGACGUCAAAAGAUUUGUCAGAAUCGAAGCUACUUCAACUACAGGAUAAGCUAUAUGAAUAUUACACCGAUUACGUGUUGAAAAGUCCGUUUUAUAGAUUAGAGAUGCCUAUUAGGAUGAAAUCAUUUGAUGACAAAGUAUUGUCAGUGGUGACCAGUUAUAAUGUUUGA